GCUCUGCCGGCCCCUAACCCUCAGGAAAUUGAUCUUGAUCUGAUGAUCAACGUCCCCACACCGACUAUCAUUCAGGCUACUGGAACUCCCGAUCAGAUUGUUACAUACGACACCAAGGCCAUUCUUGCCUCUGCCACUGCUGCAUCCUCGAUCUCUGUCGACAUCACUGAUGUUGCUACCUCGACUCCUAGCAUCGUGAAGCGUGCAGCUUGCGGACCAGAGCCUUCUGGUUACGGACCUGUCACGACCAACCCCAAGGAUGAUGCUGCUUCCUUCGCUGCAAACCCUGUCUACGCAAAUGCCGCCAAUAGUGCUGCCGUUCCUUUUGGUUACGUGCAAACUUUCAAGAACUUGAAUGCCAGUAGCAGUGCCUAUGGCUAUAUGGGCUUCACCAAUCUGAAGGAGUACAACCCCCAGACUUGUGCUACUAAGUGCAAUGCCAUCAAGGGCUGCAUGGGUAUCAACAUCUACUUUGAAAGAGACCCCAAAAACACUCCCGACAAGACAGCCUGCCCCAACCCAGCCUCUCUGACCCAAAUCCGCUGCGUGUACUGGGGCGGGCCGGUUACAGCGGGCAACACAAACAACUAUGGUCGCAAGUGGGAGCAAUUCUCGGUUGUUUUUGCUGGCUCGAAUGGCUAUGUGAACCAGAACAUCGCCGCUCCCUCUGGCUACUCCGAUGCCACUUACCUCAACAACGCAGCUAUAAAUGCACCAUACGAUGCCCUAGGUUACAACACCUACAUGGGCGCCAAAGUCUUUGCUACCGGCCCUUUCAACGCCACUCUCUGUGCUGAAGCCUGUAACGCUCAAAACGUGUACAACAUCGCCAACCCCCCUGCCGAUGGCGCACCCGUCCAAACAUGCCAAUUCUUCAACACCUAUCUUCUCUUCCUCAACAACACGCAAGCAUUGGGCCAAUACUGCGCCAUGUACAGCAGUGCCUGGACCUCCAAAUACGCCGCCAAGGUCGAACAAUGGAGAGGCAACGACCGCUACACCGUACAAUUCAGUUAUUCCUUCAGCAACAUCACAAACCCGGGCACCACACCCAACAAGGCC